UUUAUCAUUGUCAUUCUACAAUUAACGCUGGAACAACGAAUAUGGUGAGGGCACGGAAAUACGUGGUGAAAAACCGUUUUCAAGGUUCACCUAAACGCAGCGACUACAGCAUCAUAGAACAAGACCUACCUCCUCUAAAGGAUGGAGAGAUCCUCGUCAAAACCGAAUGGAUCAGCGUGGAUCCUUACCUUCGUGCAUACAAUAGUGCUUACCCAGUGCCGUACGAUCAAUUCGCUUUUCAAGUUGGCGUAGUUCAGGAAUCUAAAGAUCCCAACCAUCCGGUCGGCUCAAGAAUAGUCAGCCACAAAGGUUGGUGCAAUUAUAGUGUAGUGAACAUGAGCGCGCCAUUCCCCAGUCCUGAAAACAGACACUACAAAUUGCCUAACAUAGGCAAUCUGUCACCUUCGCUGGCAGUUGGUGCGCUAGGAAUGCCCGGGGCAACUGCUUACUUGGCAUUUCUAGAAACCGGACAACCUAAGCCUGGUGAGACGGUUGUUAUUACUGGUGCCGGUGGAGCAGUCGGUUCUUUGGUGGGCCAAAUAGCAAAGAUUAAGGGUUGCAAUGUAAUAGGUUUUACAGGAUCGGAUAAAAAGGCUCAAUUGUUAAAGGAAGAACUUGGAUUCGAUAAAGCAUUUAAUUACAAGUCUGUGAAUAUUGAAAAAGCACUACAAGAAGCUGCUCCAAAUGGGGUGGACAUCUAUUUUGACAACGUCGGUGGAGAAAUAAGCAGUACAAUUAUGUACCAGAUGAAUUAUAAAGGAAGGGUCAUCGUCGUUGGUAGUAUCAGCUCGUACAACUCAAGUGCGAACCAGUUACCGCAAGUAACGUUAGUGCAACCUGCUAUAUUAUUCAAAUCGCUAAAAGUCGAGGGAUUUUUGAUAUGGAAUUGGAGCCUUGAACAAUGGAAUGAAGCAUUCGUUGAAAUAGUGAAAUGGAUCGAGAGUGGUCAGUUGAAAGCAAAGGAACAUAUUAGUGAAGGAUUUGAUAAUUUAUUUGAUGUAUUCAUUGGUAUGUUAAACGGUGAUAAUUUCGGAAAAGCUGUUGUUCGUAUUUAAAUUAAAAUAUAUACAUUUUAAUAUAUGUAUACUAUCCCUGCAUACCGCAACAUAGAUAAUCUUUUUUUUUAAAUCGAUAAUUUUAUUCCUAAAUUGACCUUACAGAUUAAUGUCAUAUUAUUGUAUUCUUAUUAACUAUAUUUAUUGAGAUAUUAAUUAAUAUUGUAAAAAUAUUAUACUUAAUUUCAAUAAAUUCAUAAAACACGA